AGAUUCUUUAUACUGCGAUUGACAUAUUUGCUGCAGCAAUGUCUACAACAUGGAUGAUCUUUAUAUUGCUAUUUGGAUUUGGUCAAGUGGAUUUCUCUUUGCCACUGCUUUUCCCAUCUAAUAUAUCUCUGAAGUCAGAAAAAUCACUCUACUACAAUGGUGAGAACAUCACACUUCACUGCUAUGUAAAAGGAGGGAUCUGCAACAUAAGUUUCACAUACCUGAAUGAUGAUCUAAUUUCCAGUGACUUUGUCACCAUUAUCAAUAACACCUAUGCACGGCUGGAUAAGCUUGUUAAAGAAGAUGAUCCCUAUGAAACUAGAUACAGCUGCCAUAAUGACUGCAAUGGUUCAAAACAAGUAGCCCUGAUAUACGUGUUUACUGAAUAUCGACCACAGAAUGUGAAUAAUCUGGAUUUUACUUGGCUUGGUGGUCAAUCUGUUCUUGUGCGGUGGGAUCUAGGUUUACCAAAAGGCUACAAAUGCAGCAUUGACAUAUGCACCUCCAUACCAAUCACAGUUAUCACCCCAGAGUUUAGAACUAACAAUUCUGGUCCCUGGCUGAGUUGUACCAAUUCAACCACCUCUUCAUGUAAUAUUAUCAACAUGAAAGUACCUUGGAUUAAUAUGCGUGUUAGUAUCACAAACACAAAACGAAAUGAUUCUGUUGAAGUCAACGUCACAGAUAUAAAUCUUAAUCCUUAUGUAAAACCCCUUCCAGUGAAGGAUUUGUCAUCAACGCCUGUUAGCAGUACCUGUGCUGAGUUGAAGUGGAUAACGUCUGAUUAUGCCAAGAACUACAGCAUCCUGUAUGGGAUUGUGGGGUCUUCUGAUAAAAAGGAUACCUCUACCCAGAUGUGGAAUGAAAGCAGUCUCACCGUUUGUGAACUUCAUCCAGCUUAUGACUACUGGUUUGAGGUCAGAGCAGUCCCAGCACAAGGCUAUAAAAGUGACCCAACAAAUACAUCACUUUCAAUGCCAGGAGAUGUGCCUUCAAGUGGACCUAGAGUCACCAAGAGCGGCUUCUACAGAAAAGAAUGUACUACAGAAAAGAAUGCAGAGCUAGUUGUCUAUUUUGAGCCUGUCAGAGAAGAAGACAAAAAUGGAGAAAUUCUAAACUACACUCUAAACUACACUCUCAGCAUGAUGAAUGAAACUUUUUCUGAGGUGACAUUUCCUGGCAGCCUUUCAUUUAUCAUGAGAGUCCCAUGUGAGAAGAGUGUCACUCUCAGUUUGGGGGCAAACAAUAAAAAUGGCUCCUCGCCACUUUCACAACUUCAUAUACCACCACCAGAUGCAGUGAAGGACUUGCGUGACAUCCUGAACAAGAUGGACUUGAGAGUAAUGGUCAAUGAGUCCAAUCAACAGGCAAUAUGGAAUCCACCUUCUGUAGACAGCAGUGUCAAAUUCUAUCUGUACUAUUGCAUAGAACACAAUGUAUACUUCUGCAAGGACAACAUGUUUAAUGAGGAAGUGAUACCAAACUCCGGUUUGCAUGAUUUGAAAGCGGUUGGUGCUAAUCUGUAUGGAUUAGCUGCAGUCUCACCUGAUGGUAAAGGAACUGGCAUCAUCUUCACUAAGUGUGUUUAUAACACUGCAAGCUCACCAGGCAAUUCACCGACUGGACUGACAGUCACACAAAAUAAUCAUGAUAUUAAAGUAACGUGGAACGCAGAGCGAUGCCUUACAGACCCCCCCUUCAAAGUAAUGAGAACUGGCUAUAUACUAGAAGUGUGUAUAAAAGAUGAAGGUCACUCCACAAAUUAUUCAGUUGAAGGAGGCAGUGUUUAUCACUAUGAUAUUUUGAAAGUGAAAUUUGGGACUACCUACUCAGUGAGAUUGGCAGCCAUUACCACCAGUGGAAAUACUUCAUUCAGUGACCCUGUAGAAAUUACUCCAGUUAACUCUGAAAGUGGAGGUUUAUCAGGUGGUGAAAUAGCAGGGGUAGUCAUUGCUGUGCUGUCAGUGAUGUUUAUAGUGGCCUGCGUGUUAAUAUAUUUCAUCAAAGAUAAAAUCAAACAAAAAAGGGCAAAGUUUGACAAACCAAAUAAUCUGCCCAAGCCUAUGGUGGAAAAUCAGAACAAGUCAUUUCAGAACCUUGCUGCAAUUCCUUUACCUCAUUCCAUUGAAAAGGUGAAUGUGGGCUUCAGUGGUGACUCCAGUGAGAAGAAACUUAAAAGGCUCGAGACAAAGGAGAGUGGUUACCAUUCUGCACCAGUCUCACCAACACAAGAACAUGGGUCAGAGUGUGGGAAGAAUGUGUCUGCACCAGUCACUUCAACAGAAGGAAGUGGCUCAGACAUGGAGCAUGUUCCUCCAGAGGGGUACAUUGCUUGUGUGGAUACUGAGCAGGUUAUGGGUGGUUUUUGUCAAAGGGGUAUGCAUGAAACGCCCAAUGAGAACAAUAACAAUAUUGGAUCAUUGCCAACACGGGUCAACCUUAACUACUUAAUCAACGAUAAUGAGAUUGUUCAGCCAUCCAUCUCACAUCCAGCAGAUAAGAAUAUUGAAACAGAACUUGGAAAACCAGCUUCACCAUUAUUAACUGAUAGUUAUGUGCUGGCUGCGGAAAAUAGCACUUCCAUUACAAGUGUCAGUGAUGGGAGCAUGACCACAGAAGAGCUGGGCAAAGGACAAAAUGAAAUGGUGAACAUGUCACCUGGCUACCUUCCUCAUCCACCAAUCAAACAUGAAGAGGAGCUACCAUUGCCAGAAGAGGAAGAGUUUGUGGAAAGUGAGGGAUUUUGCCCCCCACUAGAUGAACAAAGCAGUUUGUCACAUUUACUUACAGCUGCCCCAAUUGUUUCGUCUAUCCAGUCUGACUGCUCUUCGAAAGAUGCUGACAUAAAUCUCCACAAAAAUGAAACUUUUGAUUAUGUACCACUUGAAGCACAGCAGAACAAAUUAGAAGUUUGUGCUUCAUUUGAUAAUUUGAUUAGUUUUAAUUCAACAUGCAUGAAUGGACUUCCUCAAACUAGUGACAUGAAUGAUGCUGCCUGUUGCAGCCUAGGGACAAAACCUUUGGCUGAUGUACAGAAAAAAGAAGGCAGCAUUCAUGAGAAUUGUUUUCAGAAGGGGAGACAGGUUGAGCCUGGUUAUGUUUCCUUACCACUUGCAUCUCAAAGUUCCUCAGAGUUUGUGCAGGUGGAACCUAAGGCUAGUAAGCUUGAUGAUAAGUGCUGUGCACCGGGUUAUGUACUUUUAUGAGAAAAGUAGCCGGAGGUUAUACAAACAAUAUUUAGAUAUGGUGGUUCAGCAAAGAAUGGUUCACAGGAGUGUGGAUAUGCAAGUUGUAAACUGUUUUAAAGGUCUUGUGGGCCAGGAUUUUCAGUAACAGAAGGCCAUUUGAAUCAAAAAGAUUCCUUACCUGUGGUUAUAGAACAUGAUAUCUGUAUGUUGGCAUUCUUUAGAGCAGACCUGGGCAAAGGCCGGCCCGCGGGCUGGAUCCGGCCCGCCUCCUGUCUCUGACCAGCCGCCCUGGCCCGCCCGCCAGUAUAUAUACUAUGUAUACAGUAUUGGGUAAAAUUGAGUUAACUAUAUAAGUCCGGCCUUCUAAAACCAUCCCAAUUUCUCAUGCGGCCCCUUGGGAAAAUUAAUUGCCCACCCCUGCUUUAGAGUCUAUAUACAGGAAGUCUGGGGCCAGUAGUGUCCAUGAAUGAAUGUUUGAGUAGGUUGAUUACAAAUGAUGUAACUGGGAAAUCUUACCCAGUCUUUAUUUUAUUUUUUUGAAAUCAUACUCUAGAUAAUGCUGUAAAGAAAAUCAUACUCUAGAUAAUGCUUUAAAGAAAAAUACAGCUCUCUGCCAUGUCCUGUUGUGGGUGCUGCAUAAUUAUAGAAAAAUUUAAAGCCACAAAACAGAUGAAUUUAUCCACAAAUCAUGAUUAUAUUAUUACUGUUGUUACUUCUCUUCCCCUUAAAAUGUGUUCAGAGCUACUGCAGCAAAAAUGGUUUGUAAACAUGAUCUUCUAGUUUCUUUGAGAUCUUGAAUCUGAUAACUACUGAUACUUUUAGUCAGAAAUGUUGUAUUCUUUGUAAUCAGUAUUAACUAUUAUGGAACAACUAUUUUUUCCUUUGUUUAAAUUAUAUAUAUAUAAUACAGAUGUGUACAAUAUUACAAAUGAAAUAUUUUGCCACAGCAAUAUAACACUUCUAUCUCCUAACAGUAAUAUACAAAAGAGGCCAUUGAGUAAGCAGGGUUUCUGUUAUAUCUGUUUGUUGUGCCUGUUUGCAAGUAAUGUCAUUUGAAGAGAACCUUUUAGUUUUUUAUUUUUUUUUCUCUUCAUCAUGGGACUUACCAAAUUACAUAUUUUUAAAGGUAAAGAGCCAGUGUUUAGGGCUAGUUGUGGCAUGGCUGUCAGAUGCCAUCAGGUAGACAGUUGUGGUACAUUGCAAUAGAGUACGUCAAGAAAUCAGUUGUAAUGUUACAUGCAGCAGAAAAGGGUCAUGGGAUCAACAAAGAUUGGUCAUGACAUUGUAACAAUAGCUACCACUGUUAUUACUGUCAGUGCUUUUGUUAGUGCUAACAGUUGCCACGAAGACAGGUUGAUGGAGUCCUUCAUUUUCACUCAUUCCAGUUGAUAAUAGCUGCUGUCACCGCUGUGGUGCAUCCUUAUCCAGCCUUCAGAUAGUCUUUAUCAAUUUUGUUUUCAGGUCUGUAAAUGCAUUUUUCAUGCCAAAAAAUAGCUUUUCUAUAAUAGCAAUGUCUUUACUGGUCAGAAAAAGCUUGAAAAGUCAGCACAUUUCAAAAAAUGAUUUCCAGUUUCUGGAAAAGUCAGUAUUUGAAGAAAUUUAUUAAAAGUCAGGAAAAGUAAAAAAUAUUUUACUCAAAAUAGAUAUGCUAAAUUUUUGAAGCAUUAAAUUUUGUUAUUUUUCAGAUUGAAUGCUCUUGUUCAUUUUUCUGCAUGCGCAUUUUGCCUAUGGCAAGAAGUGAAAAAUGACAAAGCCAGAUAUAAACAUAACAAGGAAGGGAAACUUUCGAACAUGGGUAUAGAUGCUUUGUGUAGUCAAACGGAAAGCAGCAGACACAAAAGACUCCUUCUGUCUGUAAAAAUCAUCAAGGACGACUGUAACUAGUUUUUUCCGAUUUUAUCAUUUUCUGUGGUAUUCCAUGGUGAUGUUAAGAAGUACACUUGAAUAAUUCUGUAUUUUUGGACAAAUAGAAGUAUGUAUUGAUUGCUCCUGAAAGUUCUGAAAUAUGCUUGUGGUAUCAGUGCGUGGACUGGAUGAAUGAAAUUUAUCCUGGAAAAAGUCAGGGAAAAAUCAGUAUUUUGUUUUUGUCAUAGUAGUAUGGACUAUGUAACAUACAAUGAACUUAUCAGCUCAUUGUCCACAUUCAAAUCAUCAGUGGCAAAAUUUGAUUUGUUUCUCUGGUUGUCUGAAGGCGUUUGCUGAUGAGGACCUUCACAACAUAUUUCUGGUAGCUGGUCUUCGUGGUUCUGAUUUAUGAUUUCUAGAUUUAGUGGCUGGAGAACAGCAAUGCAGUCUGGAAGCAGGUAUACUCUGCCCCAACAUUCUUUAGAUGAGGUAGACCUUUUAGACAGAACAGCUAUUGAUAAUGAGAAGGUUAAAGCACCUAGGCUCAGUGACCACUUCUGAAAAAGUGGCUGGGUUAGCCAUCCUUUCCUGUUUGCCUCACAAUCACAGGAGAUGAACUUCACAUUCCUGAAAUAAUGUGGGUUCACUUCCUCUCACAAGAGGCCUUAGUGAGUGCCAACAGCAACACUGAUGGGUGAAGCUUGGAUCUCUUUCCUCCUCAGCAAAGAUCCCCUGUUACAGCCAUAUUGUCAUGAUGAAGCAGCUGGUAGAAAACUUUUUCACACGAAUAUUUUUUGACUUAUAUGAUGUAAAGACUUUCUUGUUUGCCAAUCAUUCACUUUCUCAUGCUAUAUGUCUGCUACCUCACCAUAUUACCUUGCUGUAUCUAUUACGGAUAGUAACUUGAAAGGGACAUUGUGAGGGACAUUGCCAGCGUUAGAGCUUUUUCUUGCAGAAUUGGGCCACUCACAUGAAUAUUUUGUGAUCAAUCACAUCUUUGUGUUUCUUUCCCUCAUCAGCCGCAGAGAGCAUCAGAGCUUUCUUUUGCUGAGUAAAACUGACACUGCUUCAUUGUUCUGUCAUACGACAAUUUCUUAGCAGGUGAAAUCCUUUCUCAAAUCAAAAGACACUGUUCUCUUACACAAUAGAUUCUCAACACAACUGAACUGAAAGUCAUUUAAUUAUGUGUCACAGAUACCAACUCCCUCCCACGUGCAUGCUUUUUACUCCUAUUCGUAACAGUGGGGAACUCGAUUAGCAAUCUGGUCCAUGACACCUGUUAUUCCAAGAAAAGUGCAUUAUAGCAGAAUUUUUAACUUGUGGGUUGAAUUUUAACUUCUUAUUAUAAAUGUUUUCAUUGACAUAAUCAGAACACUUUAAUUAAUACAUUUGUACAUAGUUUUGUGCAGUCUAUUUCACAUUUAAGGAGAACAAGUUAUUGGUUUUUAAAAAAGAUACUUAUAUGUGUGUGCAUGCACACUAUCCCAUCCAGAUAGUGUUUUUUGUUUUGUUGUUUUGAUUUUUGCACCAGAGAGAGAGGAAGCAGUGUUGGUGGGUGAAAAAAGAAGAAAGUUUUGGAAAAGAGAGAAGCAUAUAAAUCUAGCAGUAUGAUAGAAAAUCUGUGUCAUACCUAAAAAGGUAAUAGAAGUAUUUUUGGGGUGGGAGAAGUUUGGGAGGAGAGUGGUUGCUGUUGGAAAAUGCUGGGGUUAUUGUUUGUGCAUUUGUUUCGUUGAAUAACAGUUUUGUCUGAGAGGAAUUCAUCGUCAUGCCUAUUAUCAAUAGUAAUACAUGAAAUUUAUUUUAUUUGUUUCCAGUUUUUUUAUGAAGACUUCUAGUUCUCAGGUUUUUUUGGGCAUAGAAACACAGAAGUGAUACAUAGUUAAACAGACCAGAUCUUACUGUUUUAGUAGAGCAUGCAUGCAUUUAUUUUGAAAUGUUUGCUGCAUUCUCCUAUUGUAAUCUCAAAGUAGAAUUUAAAGCAAGGAUCUGUCUAAAAAUUAAGAAACUGUUUAAAAUGGCAGUGAAUAUGUACAUAAAGAUUGAAGGUCAGUUUUAAAAAAAAUUGAAUUGUGAUAUACUGGCAGUCUUUACACACAAAAACUAUUAGAUAUGAAAUGACUUAUACAGUCAUUCCAGUCACUGCUAGCGUUUCUCUCAUUUCAGCCACUCUGAUAGCUGAAAAGAAAUAAAGAAUACGAGAUUUUGUUGACCAUAGUUACACAGAGAUCUUUAUAAUGAAUACCUUGUUCAUUAGUUAAAUGCUUCAAGGAAAAUGAAUGGAAAUAUGCAUUCAUAUGGCUUUGUGUGCUACACUUUUUAUGGGCUUAUUUUGCUUUUCAGAUAUUUGGCCAUGAAUUUUUCUUUGAAUCUCUAAAUGCAUAAAUAGUGAUUUUUUAAAAUGGCAGAUACACUUAAGAUGCUUACAGAAAUGACAAUGGAAAAUUUGACACACAUGCUGGGUUGUAGUUCAUAAUCCUGACAUAGUCAUAUUUUUAGUGUUUAGUGAAUAAAAGUUGGGCAACAUUGACUGGGUAGGCUGUGGGUGCUCAUACAUUUAUCCACUUGGGAACCAUUAGUUACUCAGGCCUUGUUUGAUUUUCAUAUCAGAUACAACAUAUACAGUACAUGCACAACAUAUUGUACUCACAUAUCUACGAUGUAGAGGUCUUUUGUAAGUUGCCAUUUUCAUUUUUUCUAGUGCGUCAUCAAGAUGGAUUGCCAUGUCAAAGAUGAACAUUAACAAUCAAUAUGCACAAUCGAAUGUCGUGAGUGAGGUUACAUGUAAGGUUACUGAGAUAUAUUUUGAUAAAAUUGUAAAGGUUUAGAAGCAUGAUAAUAUAACAAUUUGAUUAACGCAUUAGUCAGCACUUACUAGUUCCCAGGAUGUUUUUAUCUUCUUUGUUCUUAGGAAUAUAAAACAGCAUAGCUGUAACCCUUCAGGGCCACACUGGUUGAUUGGUUAUGGGACUCAAGGAAAAUGAAGUCUCCUCAGUUAAUUGCUUUAAACUCAUCGUUAGGUUGCACUUUGCAAAGCAGAAGAAAAAAAGGGUAUGCGAAUGAUCUUCACUGUAGGACUUGGUAUGGAAAUGCAGCAGCAUAUGGUUUGGUUAGGAUGGUGAGCUUGGAUCUCUGUAUAUGUAGUUUAUUGCUGGUUACAGAGUUUUUGUAGCAUGCAGUAGCAUGGUCCAAUUUGACAGAUUAGCGUUAAUCACGAAAAACCUUAAGCCAUUAGAAACAAUCAUAGAAUGAUUCUCAAAAGAACAGGGCCUUAAUUAUUACACUGAUGAGAUGUAAUUUCAUUCAGCUGAUAGUUGCAUAUUAGUUUUUAGUUGUAUAUUAAAUGCCUUAUUGGUUGUCCGUAACAUUUCAAAUACUCAAUUUUUCAAGAAAGAAGUGUAAGACAAACCAAAUAUAGAAGAAACUGUUUUCAUUUUUAUUGAAUGAAUGUUGAGUUGUUUAUACAUUAAAUAAAUCCAUAUUUCAUGUUUUAUUAUUGCAGUCAUUAUUUGGUCAGUGAACUACAUUUUUCAGGACAUUUUGUGAUCACCAAAGAUCAAUUGUAAAGCUGCCAUCAUUUUCAAAAUUUAAUAAAAGAUGUUUUAUAUAUUUGUUCACUUUA